GCGCUCCACGAGCGAGUAUUGCUGCACGAUAUCGCUACAGCAGCAGUGGGAGAGGAGGCAGCAGCAGCAACGCGGAAGCACGAAAGGGCAGGCCGCUAACGCAAGACGCACAGCGCGCAACCAGGGCUCACCAAACAGGCAAGGGUCUCCCUCGAGCGCCUGACGUCAAUCCACCACCACGCACCCGCUGCUCUCUCACGUUUUUGCGCCGCGAGACGUGCACUAUCCCAACUUCAUGCACACCAUCUGCACGCGUUCGAUGAGGCUCUCCACCUCCACCACCCUCCCCCCUCCCCCUCGUGCGCCGCGACCCUCACGUGCGCUGCAUGCAGACGAGGCGCGUACGACGGGCAGAGUGCCAGAGCGAUGAACUCGUCCUUGCCGUCCCAGGAGACCCACCAGGACGACUCCAACCACGACGACGGCGAGCCCACUCCCACCGAGCCUCCUACACGCCCUGACCCUCAGCAAUGGUCCUCUGCUGCGCGCCCUCAGCUCGUACGAUCGCCUCCAGGUCGGUUAGCGGAGUUGGGACAAGAUGCCGACGAUGAGAAGCAGAGUGAGACGGAGUCAACCGACAGCUCCUUCAACGAUGAAAGUACUGCCCGCGAUGCUGCUCCCCUGGAGUCCGCCUCCAGCUCCGCGCAAGCAGACGUCAAGGGCAAGUCACGAGCGGGCGUAUCACCACGAGCGCAGGGAAACCUCGCAGAGUUGAAGGAUGCUCUCAAACGCGCCCAGGUCCGGCCGCGCCACAGCUAUGGCGCUUCAAGCACGUCUUCGACAAUCAAGCGCGUGUCGCCGAUCAAGGAAGAGACAAACAGCGACUCGACGACUGGAUCGAUUAACAGUGUGCUCGCAUCGAACGAGCCUCCGCCCACCGCCUCCACCGAAUCGACGGAAUCGGCACGCACGCUCAGAGGCAGUGUUCCACCGACUCCUUCUGGAACCAUCCCGUUGCGGACACCCUCGUAUCCAUUCCCCUACGUACCUGGCACGCCUCGAUCAUGGUCGCAAACCUUUCAUCAGCCCUUCACUGCACUAUCGCCAACAGUCACGAAUCAACGGCAGGGCGAAGGUGAGACCCCGGGCGCAAGGUCUAGUUUCAGUGUGCUCUCUGGCGGAAAUACACCCGCAGCGAACAGCGCCUUUCUCCCCCCUGGUAUGCAGCUUGGUGGGAACGAAGACCCGCGCUAUCCCACGCCAAAUCUGUAUGAUCUCGUGCUCCAUCUAAAUACCGAACCCGGAAUCGAGCAGUGGUGGGCAACAGUGACCAACAUUCUCCAUGACCAUUUCAAGGCGGAACGGGCGUCUCUCAUGCAGCCACUUGACCCUAACGACAUUGAGAAUGUACCCUGGGGCCAGAAGGCCACAUUUAGCAUGAAUGGCCGCGAAGACUUCGUGCCUCCGAGCGCUUUCAAGCAGCCGCAGGGUCUUGGCUUAUCGAGACCUGAUAUCAAAGUCCGCGAGCCUAGCAACGAGACUGUCAGUGAUGUGCGCCCGCAGAAAUUGCAUCCGGAAAGACUGCGACCUCGUCUCGAAGCUCGACAUUCUUAUGCUGGGCACGGACGUGAAGUGCGAGACGUGCUUGGGGCUUUGAAUGAUCCUCCGACACGCGCCAGACCUCAGGGACCACAGCGGGUGGUCACACAUACCGCCGGCACAACGCCGCCCACCAGCUUCAGUGACAUCCCACCAAAGCGCUUUCCUUCAGUGCAUAGCGUACGACAAGAUUCACUCAAUGACCCCAACUUCAGCAGCCUUGCUGACCCUACCGAUGCUGGACCUUAUGCCGAGAUCUUUUCAUCACUCCGCCCUCUCGAUCGGGAAUCCAAGCCGCUGAUCGAACCAUUCGGCGUUUGUCGUGUCAUUGAGCGUGGGAGCAUUGUGACCAUAACUAGGGACUACUCGAACGACGACAGCCGUCCUACACUCUCUCGCUCCGCUCCAGCAGCAUCCUCAUCUGCGGCGCUGGCUAAUUCUGGUCGUCCAACGUCGCAGCCAGAUUGGGGAUACCACGAGUACGAGCAACAUCCACCUUCUCCAUGGACACAAUCUCCAGCUCCAUCACCUGCCAUUCAAGCAGACGAGGAGAUAAAUCCCUUCUUUGCGUCAGAUGAUCAGUUGCUUGACGAGUCAUUCAACCCUGCUGUCAGUCCCAAAGACUACUCGCAGUACGAUCAAGUCGAGGCCAUUGGUAUCGACCACGCCAGCACAAUCAUACACAUUCCGCUGAUACAUCCCACUUUGUCCCAAUCGAUGCAAGCGCUACGCAUGACGCCGAGUAACCAGGACUCGCGGCCGUCCUCCCAACGAACCCAGACUGCAGAUCUUGACCGCAAAGCACCAAUUGCUAUUCUGUCUCUACUGACUGCCACCGUGCCUUAUCCUGCAAACCUUGUGCAUGCUCUCAGACUACUCGGACCUCAUCUUGCGACAUCUUUCCAGAAUGCCCAGCAGUUUUCGUCAACGCAUAUGCAGGCUGUUCAUAUUCGGCAUCGACGUACGACAAGUGGUGGGCGUGCGAAUAUCGCUCCCAUGACGAUAGAGCCGGCGUCGCUGGAAGAUAUCGUGAAUGCCGAGCUAGAAGAAGUACCGGGCUCCAUGAGUGGCAGCAUUACCAGUCCUUCCGACUAUUCAGGCAGGUCGCGUAUUAGCCCAUCUGGGUCUCUCGUGGGUACGCCAGGUUGGGAUCCUGCCACCCAUGGCUGGACUGCGUCUCGCUCUCGAGGAGGCACCCCGGCAUUCACGGGCUCUGAGAUGGUCGACAAUUACUUCGACGCCAAGAAACGCUCGGGACAGCGUAGCGGAAGCAAUGCCAGCAAUACCGUGACUACACCUGGAAAAUCGGGGUCCAAAAGCUCCGACUCACAAGAAGAUGCGCCCUUGUCUCGAGGAGAGCGCAAGGCUAGAGCAGCAAGUACCGGUAAGCUUGGAAAGUCGCCGCUUCUGCCACCAACGAGCGAAGCAAAUCCGACUCGCCCCUCAGAAUCAGCCUCACCCCAGAUAGUGAGCCAGGGCGCUCAAUUUGCAGGCGCAGCUCAGCAAAACAAGGCGCAUUCACUGUUACACUCCUAUGGAGCAGAUUUCGAGACCACCUUUGGCGGGCUGCCGGCUUCCACGUCCGGCGAAGUUCGCGGUGCCGGACAUGGACGCAAAGGCUCGUACUCAGAGGACAUGCCUCCCCCUUCAGAACGACUACUGCGAACCAUCAUCGACUCUGUUCCUGUGCAAAUAUUCACGGCUCAGCCAGAGACUGGCAAUCUCAGCUGGGUGAACUCGAAAUUUCUCAUCUACCGCGGACAAGACCCUGCAACAGUGCUCAAGGAUCCAUGGGCAGCAAUUCAUCCGCAAGAUCAUCACGAGUUUAUUCCUGCUUGGCAGCGAUCACUGAGAACUAAUCAACAGCUGCAACAGAAGGUGCGACUAAAAAGAUUCGAUGGCAGUUACCGAUGGUUUUAUGUCCGCGCAGCACCUCUGAAGGACAAAAGACAGAAGGUCGUGCAUUGGAUUGGCACGCUCAUGGACUUUCAUGAACAACAGAUUGCAGAGAUCAACGCGGCACGCCAACAAGAGACCGCUGCGUCAGAGGCGAAGUACCGAGCGCUUGCGAAUUCAAGUCCGCAGAUUGUUUUUGCUGUGAAUAAGACGCGCGGCGUGACAUUCUGCAACUCGCAAUGGCUGCAGUACUCUGGACAGACGGAGGCUCAGGCGCUCGGCGUUGGAUUCAUGGAGCACGUACACCCCGAAGAUCUGGUGAAGUGCAAAUUGCCAUCCUUCGACGCGGAAACCAGAGAGCCCAACGUCCCGACGACUUUGCCCAUGGAUCCGAGACGGUCUGUCAGUGCUUCUGAGAUUUCUACCAGUGGAUCAUCGGAGACAGAGAAGCCACCUUCCCAUUCGACAUCGGACUCAUCAUCUCCUUCUCCUAUACAGCAGCUGCCGCAACGGAAAUUGUCUCAGCUGGCGACUUCUGGUAUUCUCAAAGUCUCCAAAGAGCCUGAUGGACGCCCGUCCUACUCGACCGAAGUCCGACUUAAGAGUAAAGAUGGCGAGUUCAGGUGGCACCUCGUACGCGUCCUGGUCGCUGAACCAUUAUUGCAACACGAAGACGAAGAGGAGACCUGGUAUGGCACAUGUACCGACAUCAACGACCACAAAGAUCUUGAGCGAGAUCUGAAGAACACGAUGGACGCUAAAUCGCGUUUCUUGAGUAACAUGUCACACGAGAUCCGGACUCCAUUGAACGGCAUUACUGGCAUGGUCAACUUCCUCAUUGACAGCAGUCUGACCACCGAGCAGAUGGAACAUGUCAAUAUUAUUCGGGCAAGUACUGAGGGGUUGCGUGGACUCAUCAACGACAUUCUGGACUUGUCGAAAGCCGAGGCGGGCAUGAUUCAGCUCAAUAUGGACUGGGUCUACGUCCGCGCAUUGAUUGAGGAAGUCAACGAUUUGACAUCCGCGAUGGCUAUUGACAAAGGCCUCGAGCUCAAUUACAUCGUCGACGAAGACGUUCCUCCGCAAAUCAAAGGCGAUCGCUUCCGCAUUCGACAGAUUCUGCUCAACGUUGUGGGCAAUGCAAUCAAGUUCACCCAGAAGGGCGAGGUCUUCAUUCGAUGCAGCACUUAUCAGGCAGAAAGUCGCCUUGUGAAAGAAGAGAUGCUCAUCAAGUUCGAUGUUAUCGACACUGGUCAAGGCUUUACCGACAAAGAUGCGGACUCGCUGUUCAAGCGGUUCAGCCAGAUUGAUGGCAGCAGCACGCGGCAACAUGGCGGCACUGGUCUUGGUUUGGUCAUCUCGAAACAGCUGGCGCAGUUGCAUGGAGGUGACAUGAGCGCAAAGAGUGUGCCCGAGAAGGGAUCGACGUUCACGUUCUACAUCAGGACCACGCUGCCUUCCGAAGACGACAAGCCACCUAUGCCCAUCCCAACUCCAGGCAUUAGUCCCGUCCAUGUACCAAUCCUGCCAACGUCGCCCGGUCCUGCCGCCGUCUCAAUACCUCUGGUCCCUAAUGCCAGGCUGUCGCCGAAAUUUGCAAGCGAAGUCACUCAGACACCGCCGCAAUAUCCGCCAAUGUCCGAUGCAGGCACAGAGUCGCCUUCGGUCUCUUCUGCCAGUUCCGAUCCUUCAUUACGGUCCGUGACGCGCACCGAGAGCUUGCGAUCAGAGCGCUCAUCGGCGUCAUCUUUCACGCAUGACCCACCAGUGCCUGGGGCUUCAAUCAAGCUUGCAUUGCCAUCACAUGAGCUUACACACACUCGAGCUGACAGCCUCCCCUCAAGAUCUAUCGACGCAGUGGCAGCUGGCACGAACAAGGCAUUACUCCGUGCACCGAGUGGCUCCCCUCCACCCAUGUUCUCCAUCCUGGUCAUAGCACCACUGAAGUACAGCCGGGAGGCGACAGUUCAGCACAUCGACAAAACUCUGCCUGGAAAUGUACCGCAUCAGAUUACAGCACGUGAGAGCCUUGCGGACUGUCAGAAGCUUCUAGUAGGCCCGGAUCCUGUCAUCUUCACUCACAUUGUUGUGGUACUCCAGGAUGUCGACGAAAUUGUCUCGUUGAUGGAUCAAGUGCUCGCAGCUGACAAUCCGACGACUUCUAUCGUGCUGAUCACAGAUCUCGCGCAACGACGCAAGAUUAUGGAACAAGCUCCGCAUCACGACUAUGAUCGGCUUGUUAGUGAUCGCAAGCUACGAGUGGUAUUCAAGCCUCUGAAGCCAUCACGAUUCGGAUUGAUCUUCGAUCCGCAGAAGGAACGCGAAAUGAGCUUGGAUCGUAACCAGGACAGUGCCCAGCAAGUUGCAGUCAACCAGAAGCAAGUGUUUGAAGAGCUUGCCCGCCGUCUCGGCAACAAGGAUAAGCGUGUGUUGCUCGUCGAAGACAACAAAGUCAACCAAAUGGUCAUUCUCAAAUUCCUGUCAAAGGUUUCGAUCAAGGUUGACACCGUGAUGGAUGGAGUCCAAUGCACCGAGAAGGUGUUCGCCAAUCCACCAAACUACUACUCCAUCAUUCUCUGCGACCUACACAUGCCGAACAAGGAUGGAUACCAGACCUGCAAGGAGAUUCGUCAAUGGGAAAAGCAGAACCAAUAUGCGCACCUGCCCGUGAUCGCGCUCUCCGCGAAUGUGCUGGGAGACGUCUACCAGAAGUGCGUCGAGGCGGGCUUCAACAGUUAUAUGACGAAGCCUGUCGAUUUCAAGGAACUCAGUCAGGUUCUCAUGACGUUCAUGGAUCCGAGUGAUCCCAGCAAACCUCAUGCUUUCAUGAAACUCAAGCAUGGACAGCACUCUCACAAGAGUAAAGACCCUUCGAAGGAGGGUCGAAGCAAAGAAAAGAGCAAGCGACUCAAGCAGUAGUGAUCGUGCUUGCUCUUUCUCAUCGUGCGCUGCAGUGAUGAGGACAGAAACCAAAUGUACACAGAAAUGAGGAAAACGAGAUGAGAGCGCAUUGUCUUUGGAAGUUAUUGUUUUAUUACUUGCAUAAAUUUUGGGGAGAGUAGGGAAUAGUGUAAUGGGAGUGGGGUGGCCCGGUCGGGCUGCGAAGGUUGGAGUCGACAGAAUCGAAGAAACACAACAACAAGACGAGACCAGUUCAAACACCAAGGAGGAAUAACUUUGCAGUACUUUUAGCGAGGGCGCUCUGUCUGAACUGCGGGCGUGGGUCCUGGCCGGGUGGUAUAGGAGUUUUAUCUGUGCAUUUUGGCACACUUGAGCAGCAGCAUGGCAUAGACGGACGUUUCUGGCUUGGGUCGUUUGAUUAGCAUUUUAUUGGGAGGAAGCAAGCGCGGUGUGUGUGAGAGGAUUGGGUAAAUUGAUGGAAUGGAAAGAUAUAUAUUUAUACAUUUUAUGUGGUAUAUCGACCUACCCAGGCUUGGAAGGGAGAGUGGUAUGUCGGAGUAUGAUGAGUGGUGUUGAGGACUUCGUUGCCCAUUAGAGGCAUCUGGCAAAUGGCGUACUGGAGCAUUGCUAGUUCUCGUGAACAGAGCAGAACGAUAUUUGAAUGGAUAUGAGGUCUUUCUGGCUGCCUUGAUAAAUACUGGGGCUGUUGUUGUUGUUGUUGUCUGAGUCUUCUCCAGUCAUCUGCUGCAUUCACCUGUGCAAAGC